AUGAAGAGAUCGCCUCCGUUUAUGUCGCCAAUACCGCCGAUGUGGAUGCCGCUGUGGGCGCCGCUUGAGCAGCGUUCCCUGCUUGACCUGCUUGAGGAGCAUGUUUUCGAAAUCGCGCAUCUCGAGGCUUUAUGCAAUGCCAAGCCCAUGUGUCUCUUUCGUGAAUACGAACUGCCCCAAGCUGUUGAGAUCUUCCGAUGUAGUCUACACUAUGUUGGGUGGUGUGGAAAGCUUAGUGGGGAAUCGUUUCCCGUGAGCAAGGGCUUUCUGAAGAUCGUGCAACGAGAGCCCCUUGGGGUUUGUGCGGGUAUCACGGCAUUCAAUGCGCCGAUCAUGGGAAUGACGAUGAAGGCGGCACCAUGUCUCGCAGCUGGAAACACGCUAAUUCUCAAGGCGAGCGAGAAGUCUCCACUGUCCACCCUGUAUCUUGGGAAUCUUGCUGCCGCCGCUGGGAUUCCGGCAGGCGUGAUGAAUCUCCUCUCCGGCGACGGCGUUACUGGAAGCCUGCUAGCAUCCCACAUGGAUAUCAACAAGAUAUCCUUCACCGGCAGCGUUGGCACGGGAUGCAAGAUUGCCCAGGCAGCCUCACGGAGCAAUUUCAAGCGAGUCUCCCUUGAGAUGGGUGGCAAGAGUCCCAGCAUUAUCUUCCCAGACGCUGAUCUUGACGAGACGGUCAGUUGGUGUGUCAGGAGUAUUCUUGACCUGGCGGGUCAGGUCUGCUUUGCCAGCUCGCGUGUAUACAUACACGAGUAA